CGACAACACUGUUAUGACACUUUCAUAUCAUGAUAUUCUAACUAUUAAUAGUAAUUUGAAAGUGGUAUGUUGACAUGAAUUUUUUUCUCAAACAGAAGACUCCAUGUCAAGCUCUGGGAGAUAGGGAAAUCCUCUUGACUGAUGGGGUUCAGUUCCCGUUGAUUGAUGAUCCUAUGGAGGUUGAAUUGAUGGUGCUCCGUGAGGCGAUUUUAUUGUGUCUAGGUCAUGGCUUCAUGGAGGUGAGGUUCAAAGGCGAUGCCAAAGUGGUCAUCAAGAAGAUUAUUCGGGCGCAUACCAAGGAUUCUCGGAUAGGGGUGAUUCUUGAGGAAAUUGUGCAAUAUUUUGCACUUCAUACUAGGUUUAGUGUUCGAUUUGUAGGACAGAGUAGCAAUAUGGUAGCCCAUUUGGUGGCUAGAAAGGCCCUUGCAUUGUACCCGACUGCGAGUCGUAUCUUUGAUUUCCAGGCCUUGCUGAAAUCCAGGAUGUAACUACCUAUUUUUUGAAUCAAUGAAUGAUUAUCUUUUGUCAAAAAAAAAAAAUGUCAAGCUCUUGGGAUAGUCGGAGGCAUGAGUACCCAUGCAAGACCUUUCAUCUUUUUCCCAGAUUAUGUGGUGAUAAACCUGAAGAUCGAUUAUUUAUACUCAAUACUCUUUGGGAGACAAUUCCUUGCAACUAUCGGUGCCAAGAUCGAUGCAACAAGAUGAGAUAUCAUCAUAAGUUGUCUAGGAAACUCUUCUUAUAUGAUAUGAUAUUGCCUGAGGCAUGUAUAAAUUGAAUGAUCACCUUUUCGUGUAUGCAUGAGAAUCAAUGAUUGAUUCAUUAGGUCACCAAAUCCUAGAACCAUUUUUAUGAUUCAUCGAGAUCCUAAACAACAACGUGCUAUCCUUACUUCCUUGUUAUAAUUUAUUAGUUAGUGACAUGAAGCUAAAGCACACAUUAAGUAGUUAUAGUUCCUCUUGCAUGUGGCGAAAGCUUGAUUUGGAUUGCUUUAGUGGAAGAGAUAGGGCAUCAUGAUAGAAUAGAUGUGUGGAUGCACAUCAUUAAUGAGAAUAGUAUGCAUGAUCAUCUAGAUGAAGCUACCUAAACAUGUUAUCCUAUCUAUCCAUAUGUUUACAUAUUCAUCUUAACUUGCUUAUCUAUUUAUCUUUACUUGCUCAUCUUAUAAAUUGAAACCAACUAAAAGUAGGACACAUUAACCCAUCGAUUUUACAUUAUCUAAGCAUUGCAUUUGAGCAUGAGUUGAUUAGUUACAUAGUAAUUGUUAUUUGAAGACCCUACGAAAUACGAUUUUAAGCAUGUCUAUAAUUAUUAUUUAGAUGCAAGAUACACCCUACAUCAUUAGCCCUUCAUCUUAGCCACCACGCAGGGAAUAUUCUAAAUUGGCUCCAAAAUGGGGCUAAGGGGCCUAUUCAGUAAUCGGUUCACGACUUCACUCCAUUCUCGAUUUUUGCUCCUAGCAGUCGAGUCUUGAUGUCGUCCAUCACUUACAAAGUGGUCCACUAGGAUGCUAUGUUCUGAAAACACACGAAACACUACAAAGAUCAUAAUAGAAAAAGCGAUCCUUGAGCUACUAAAACACACUGUGUGAUCAUGAAGCAAAUUCAAGAUAUUAUUACGAUAAAUAUGUGAAUAAUAUGAAGUUUUGGCCAUAAUAUGAAGGUCUAAAAUUGUACUUCCUACAUGUAAUCAGGGGUACUGUGGGUAUGCUCGAAAUCAUAAUAAGGAUUUGGCAUCUUA